AGAAGCAGAGUAUGUUUCAGGGCGGGAUUGUCUAUGAUUGACAAGUUGUUACCUUGGCGACCUGUCAAUCAGGCAAGAGCCGGCUCGUACCUUCCGCCGUAUUGUCACUUCCUGGUUGCACAAACUCAACAUGGCGGAGUCUAUGGUUGGCAUUUUAGAGGUUAGAUAGCUGGGAAGUUUAAGCAUUAUAACCUUAUAGACAAAUAACAAGUGUCUAUUUCUCCUGAAGACCAAAGAAUCCCUCCCACCCCAGUAGGGAGUACAGUAGACAGUGCUAUGUGUUAAAAUUGGCAACCAUAACAAACCGCAAAGCAGCAUGAUAAAGUGCAUCAAGAAUAGUCAAGUUAAACACAGUUUGUCCUGAGGGUCGUUACAGAAAGGUCAUAGGUCAUAAUCAAGUUCAUUUAGUGUGGUGCAUAAAGUUGAUUUUAUGUUUUAGUCUUUCCUUUAUACCAUUGGGAGAACUGGCCAGAUGGACGCAGUAAUAUAAAUGUGAGGGAGUCACUACAGUCAUUGUCAGGAUAAUUUGCCUUAUAGUAGUUAAAGUAUGUUGUUAAAUCAUGUAUUGACAGACAGAUGCUCUAAGACCUUGUUCCAAAGCAGCAUAUGUAUUCUAAUCAAUGAUCAAAGGGUUAAGAUUGUCAUUGUAACUUUAGUCAACAUUACAACUUGGUUGGAAAAUGAUAUCUGUUUCUCUGUAGAAACAUUUCCUGUUUUGGCCUGUUAAUCUGUUGUGUGUGUGUACAAGGUGUGUCAUGGUGUGAAAAUGUGGUUAGAUCUAUUAAUACACGCAUAUUGUUGUUGAAAGAAAACCUUGUAUCUCCAAAUUCUAUCCUUUUUUUAAAAAUUAUUUUCAGUUUUCUACUCAUGUAUUAAUAUUGUUUGUAUAAAUUGUUUCACACAGUGAAUCCAAAGAUUUGACAACACAGUCUCCUUACUAAAGUUACAAAAAACACAAAACUGGAUCCAGAAGAGUCAAAUGAAUAAAAAGUGUGUGUUUCUUUGCUGCUACUUCCUCAGUGUUCUCUACCGAAACCAGACAGAUGUCACAUCAUGCAAGACUGUCAGCAGCAUCAGUACAGUUUAUUAUGUUAAUGAAUUUAUAUCUAUACAGUUAGUGCUAAGUAUACUUGUACACAGCAAAGUUUUACAGCAGCACAGUGCAGUUACAGGAAGUGAAGUGCAGCUAGUGUUCAAUUGUCUCAGUCCUAUCAAGAUGUCCUCAGAUAUUUCUGUCAAACCAGAUUUCUCAAAGAAGGUGAGAUACAACAGAAAGGUGCAGGAAGACAACAUGGAGUGGGAGGAAAGAACGGUGGCUAUCUACGAGAGUGCAUACAAUAUCAGAAAUGAUCACACUGAUCUUCAGUCACACAACGGAGCCGUCCAAAGCAGACCUUUCAGAGCUGCUGCAUUUUGUCUUGGAGUGCUGUGCUUUCUGACGAUAACUGGAAUCAUCCUCCUAUACAUACUUUAUAUUUCAGUCACUUUGGAAAAAGACCAGCUCCAGGGACAAAUUUUAGAAGACAUGGCAGUCAACCACAGUCAGUUACAGAGCAGUUACGAGACACUGAGUAAAAAUCACAGCCAGUUACAGGACGAAGUGAAGCAGCUUAAGAAAGAAUCUGAAGGGAAGUGGUGUCCUAAAGGAUGGGAGAGAUUUGGAUGCAGCUGUUACCGUAAAUUCAAUGGGGAGAAAACUUGGUCUGACAGCAGAUGGGACUGUUACACUAGAGGAGCACAUCUGGUGAUCAUAAACAACGAAGAGGAACAGAAAUAUGUCACUGAGCUGAACAAGGAUGGAGACUCCUGGAUUGGUCUACGGGCCACAGAACGGUCACAAACAGGAUGGAAAUGGAAAUGGGUGGACGACUCGCCGCUGACAGUACAGUUCUGGGCCACAGGAUUGCCACAGCAGCCCGGGGACCAGUACGCUGCAGUAUGCUGCGAUAAACAAGGAAAAUGGACAGAGAGUAAUCAAAAUGACAAUAAGAGCUGGAUCUGUGAGAAAGACAUUUCCUGAUUUUGAUGACAGAGGGAUGUGUAGUGUUGGGAUCAACUUUGUCAUAUUAGACAAAUUCACAUUUCACAUUUGUUCAGUUGUAUAUUCUGUGUCGCAUGCUAAACAAAUUGGAUUAUUUAGAAAUAGUUCAUCUGCCCUACAUAGUGAACUGUCUGGUUGGAAGUCAGUGUUGGCCAGUAGCGUCGCUACAAGUAGCGCCGUUACUAGUUUAACUACAGUUGAAUGAAAUAGCUUUUCAGUAGCAAAACUCUUUUAUUUGACCGAAUAGCGUAGUAGUGUCCACACGCUACAUUUUCUCGAGCAUUUUUGAAGGAUCGGUAAGUGACGUCUCCGCCACACACAACCCUGUAUGUGUAGCUAGCGGAAGCACUUGAGUACAAUACUAAUAAUUAAUAAACAAUGAAAUGACAUUAUUAAAACUAAAGAAAGAGGAAAAAAAUACCAAAACCAAACA